AUGGUCACCCUCGACAUCACCGGGCACGAGAUAUCCCACGGCGUGAUUGAGAGCUCCUCGCAGCUCUCUUACGCCUACUCGUUCGGGGGCCUGAACGAAGCCACAGCCGACAUCAUGUCGGUCUGCAUCCAGGACUUUGCGCAGUCCACCGGCGCCACCCCGCGCCCGGCCAGCUUCUUCCCAGGUUCCCAGAUGUUCAGUCCCUCUUGCAAGCAGCCCUGGAUCCGGUCAAUGGUCAACCCUGCAGACGACAACAAGAGCUGGAGCUGCUGGCACCCCAGCUUUGACGCAACCUGGGUGCCGCGCCCAAACGGCGCCCCCGGGUCCGGGGGUGCCGACGGCGGCAGCCAGUACUGCUUUGUGGACGUGCACUGGAGCUCGGGGCCGGCCAACCGCGCGUUCUGGCUGAUGAGUAAGGGGCUGGCCUGCCAGCCCGGUGCGCAGCGGCGCGGCGCGCCCGAGCCGAUCGGCAUCCGCAAGGCCUGCGACGUGUGGUACCGCGCCCUGACUAAUUACUUCUCGCCGGUGACGGAUUACUACGAGGCGAGGACCUCCACCGUGAAGGCGGCGCAGGACCUGUUCCCGGGAAGCUCCAAGGAAGCCGCCGCGGUGGCGGCCGCGUGGGACGUCGUCGGCGCGCCCGACAGCCCCGACGGCAACGGGCCGCGCUGCGAUCCCGGCUUUGCGAUUGACAGCAGCGCCUGCCCAGCCUGA